AUGUCUCCGGCCAGAAAGCAGCUCAUGACUCAGUGCCUGCGGUGUUCAGCUGAAACGAUCCGACGCGGCCUUGGAAACCACUCAAUGAAUCAGCACAGUAUUUGUGGACCACCCUUGUCUUUUUCAAUACAUAACAGUCUCCUGCCAAGCCUGGAAGAAAAGUUAUUUUAAGACGAGUCGGUUCCUGCAUUGAUUUACCAACCGAGCGAUACGUUGUCAGCUAUCCUCUUCACGAGUAUUUUAUUCAAAGUAGCCCCGUGGACGUAUGAGAAGCACGUCCCACUCUUUUCCCAAAUCCCUGCGGCAAAUAGAAUACGAGAAGCGUUUGACACCGGAUUGACUAGCUAUUUUACAACAACUAGACUGUGACGUCCAGGUAUGCGGAGGGUCUCGUGGCCACCGAGACAGACACAAAGGGACUCUCGUCAAUUUCCCAAGAUUUUAAGGUGAUUGCCUUCUUCCGGCGUUGUUUUUUUUUUUCUGUGGGAAAACGGAGGAGCCCUGACAGCGUAUGUUACCGAGGGUUUACGCACAGCGUUUUCUUGGACGGACUAUUGAUAAGUUUAUAAUUGGAUUGGUGGUGAUUGGGCGAAUGGAACAAUUGCCAAACUGGCCGACAAGGAGCGGACGUCUUUCUCCGAACUGGCUGGGAAUCGGACGAUGAAUGCAGGGAUUUAUUCGGUGUGAUACGAGCUGCAGCAGCUGUCUGCAAGGCGCGUUUAUGUACAGCUUUUGCAGGGUCAAGAUGCAGGUUCGGACUGUGCUGGACGUCAAAGUGGUGGACGUGGAGAAAAGGCGCAGUCCAUCGAAACAUUACGUUUAUCUCAUCAAUGUCACCUACUCCGACAAUACCUCUCACAUCAUUUACAGAAGAUACAGCAAGUUCUUUGACCUUCAGAUGCAAAUACUUGACAAGUUUCCAAUUGAGGGCGGGCAAAAAGAUCCAAAGAAGAGGAUUAUCCCAUUUCUCCCAGGCAAAAUUCUCUUCCGAAGGAGUCAUGUGCGAGAUGUGGCCAUGAAGCGACUGCGUUUCAUUGACGACUACUGCAGGGCACUUGUGCGACUCCCCCCUCACAUCUCCCAGAGUGAAGAGGUGCUACGCUUCUUUGAAACAAAAGCUGAAGAUCUCAACCCCCCUGUGGAGGACUACGGCUCCAAGCGCAAGUCGGUAUGGAUGUACGGCAUUACCGACAGCCCAAGGAAAGAGGCGUCAGGGAUUGACAGCUUGGAGCCUAUGGUACUGGAGCAGUAUGUGGCCGUGGCCAACUACGAGAGGCAGGAGAACUCUGAGAUCAGCCUCAAGGCCGGUGAAACAGUGGAUGUGAUUGAGAAGAGCGAAAGUGGUUGGUGGUUUGUCAGCACAGCGGAGGAGCAGGGCUGGGUGCCUGCCACAUACCUUGACUCCCAAAGUGGAACCAGAGAUGAUUUGGAUUUAGGAACCUCCAGGACAGGAGAGGUGACUAAAAGACGCAAGGCCCAUCUGAAGAGGCUUGAUCGUCGAUGGACACUUGGGGGUAUUGUGAACCGCCAACAAAGCAGAGAAGAAAAGUAUGUAACAAUACAGCCAUAUAGUAGUCAAGGGAAGGAUGAAGUCAGCUUUGAGAAAGGAGUCACUCUGGAAGUUAUUCAAAAGAACCUUGAAGGCUGGUGGUAUGUCAGAUAUUUAGGGAAAGAAGGAUGGGCCCCUGCCUCCUACUUGAAGAAGUUAAAAGAAGACUUCUCUCCUCGAAAGAAACCACUGUCAGGCCCUGUGGAAAUCAUUGGCAACAUCAUGGAGAUCAGCAGUCUUUUACAAAAGAAAGCGGUCAGUGAAAAGGACAUCCAGACAGACGGCGAGGGUAGCACCACACCAGAGCGCCACAUCUCCAAGAGUGAGAUCAGCUUGCCCAUGCCCUUUAGCUCUGACAUCAAUGCUGAGACAGGCAGGCGGUUGAGCGCAGGCCGUGAUACCAACAGUCCAUGUCUAGGAAUAGCAGCAGCGAGCUCUGCUCGAAGCGAAGCCAAAGCGAGAGGCGAACCGGGUUCCCCGGCCGUUGCCAGAGUUGCGCCUCACAGAGUUGAAGUAGGCUUUGACUCCAUAGGGUCUCCCAAUCUGAGACAAAAACCUCCUCCAAGAAGAGGGACCAAUUUGGGGUUGCAGUUGCCCAAGCCACCAGAACCACCUGCUGUGGAAGCAGAGUAUUACACCAUUGCAGAUUUCCAGUCAUCCAUUUCUGAUGGCAUCAGCUUCCGUGGAGGACAAAAGGCUGAUGUGAUAGAGAAGAACCCUGGAGGUUGGUGGUAUGUACAAAUUGGAGAGAUGGAGGGCUGGGCGCCAUGUUCCUACAUUGACAAACGCAAGAAGCCCAACAUCAGCCGUCGAACCAGCACCCUGACCAGGCCCAAAGUCCCACCCCCAGCACCGCCUGUGAAAAAGCAUGAUUCUGAGGAGCCUCCUCCUCCUACCACAUCCACUCCUAAAGUAACAGACUCAGUAAAAAGGUCUGUGUAUGAGGAACCUGAAUACGAUGUUCCUGCAAUUGGCUGUGAAGGUGAAUCGGAUACAGAUUCUCUCAAAGAUGAACACUCCCUGGAUGUUAAGAUUAGUGAUAUAGUCAGCAACAAGUAUCGCAGUUCCCCGCCUUCAAGUAAAGCUUCCCCUCCCGUCUGCAAAAAAUCACCAGUUUUCACCCAACGGAGGGCCUCAUUUAGAUCCGUCGAAGAAGUUGCUAAAGAGGAAUGUAUCUAUGAAAAUGACGGAUUUCGCUCUAGUAGUGGGAUGGAGGGAAAGACAGCUAAAGUGUCAAGUGAGCCCAACUCUCCAAGGACCUACCAUUCUUCAACAGUUCCACGCAAACCCUCUGGGUCUUCACCGUUGCCUGGUCACCCCACAAAAACAGUGACCCCAGAGGUGAAUAGAAGAAGCCAAACUCUUGGUAGACAUACAGACAUUCACUUCCGGUCCCACGAGAACAGUCCCCAUUCCUCGUCAGACGAAUUGAAUCGAGGUAUCAAGAAAUGCACAGGCACUAGCCAGGAUGUGGAACAGAGAAUAGGUCAGAGCCCGUCGACUAGACCGAAGCCUUCUGUCAGACCUAAACCACUCCUGACUAAGUCAGAUCCUCAGAGUCCUGAGAGGAUGGACAUCAGUUCCCUGAGACGCCCUUUGAAGCCCACAAGUCAUUUACGACUUGGACCGAAGCCUUCUCGAGGAGAAGACGCUGAGACAACCUCUGUAAUAUCCUCUGAGGAAUCUGUCGGCUCACGCAGUGCAUUAGACCUUUCAUCUGUGUACUCCAAAAGUAGCUAUGGAGAGACUGACGCAGUGGGAUCUUGUCUCUACCGCUCCCUGGAUGCCUACAAGAAAGUCCAAGAAUCUGAGAUCAGCUUUCCAGCUGGGGUGGAGGUGGAAGUUCAGGAGAAGCAAGAGAGUGGCUGGUGGUACGUGCGCUGGGGUUCUGAGGAGGGUUGGGCUCCCUCAUACUUUUUAGAACCUGUCAAGCGAGCAGGUGAUGCUGCGAGGCGAGAAUCAGAUGGACAUGGCAGUGGUGGCAGUAAGUCCAAUAGCCUUGAGAAAAAUGAAAAGCACGUUAUGGCUCUAAAUAAUGUCAAUAUUCAGGGUCUGACCCAGCAGCAUCAAGGAUUGCAAAGGAACACUCCGCCAAUUCCUUCCAAGCCUCCGGGGGGCUUCACAAAGCCAUCUGGGGUGGUUAAUGGAAGUGUGCGGAUGAGGAAUGGGGUACGCCAAGUGGCAGUGAGGCCUCAGUCUGUAUUUGUGACGUCAACACAGCCAGCUAAGGAUACACAUUACAUGACGGGAUCCCUGAGACGAAAUGACUCACUUGGCAGGAGUGAUCGCUAUGGCUCCGGUUCUGCCACACUUGGUAUCCACCGAAAUGCCUCCUUCAGCACAGUGCGGCCACACGUGGUCGUUGAAAGUCAGACAAGACCUGCCGAGCGCUCGAACCUUGGGUCCUCGGUGAGCGGGUUUGUCUCAAGCAAUGUCCAGGAUCCCCUUGGCAGAUUAAGUCAGCGCAAUGGUAUCCCUGUAUCCACAGUCCGUCCCAAACCCAUAGAGAAGAGCCAGCUGAUCAAAAACAACCUUGGUAGGGAUGUGUAUGUGUCCAUCGCCGAUUACCGUGGUGAUGAAGAGACUAUGGGAUUUACUGAGGGCACCUGUCUGGAGGUAUUGGAGCGAAACCCCAAUGGUUGGUGGUACUGCCAGGUGCAAGACAGCCUGCUUCCCCGUAAAGGCUGGGUCCCAUCCAAUUACCUAGAGCGCAAGAAAUAAAAGCCACCCAUAUUCACUUCAACACAUUUUCUUUUUGAAGUCCCUGAGGAAGUGGGUGACAUAAUCCUUUCAGAAUGUUACCCACAGUCUCCCACAAGCAAUACGCCAUUGAAUAUAGCCACUUCGAGAAAAGGACACAUUAAGUACUGGGAUACUUAAAUAGGUGUACGGAGAGUGUGAAGCAUUUUACCUGGGAGCGAAAGCAAAGGAUCUGAGACAAUAUUUGACAAGGCCCACCUUACAACAUGGUCAGAAAGGGGUUUUUCUAUAAUUACAUCACAGAUUGUGAUGGUUGAUAAGUGCCUUUUGUGUUUCACCUAAAUGGAAGUACUAAAUGGUGGAUAGAUAAUUGUUACACCAACCAAAUCUUUUAAAUGUGCCAUACAUCUUUGAAUACCACCACUUGGUGACUCCAACAUCAAGUUGAAACAACUGUUUGGGAUCUAGCGUGAUAAUUAGUUAAGGCUUAAAUGGAAGGCACAUGUUUGAUGGGCUGAGAAUGAUAUUUCAAGUUCCACUAAUCAAAAAAAAGGCUUUUCUUUGUGUUGUAUUUUUAAUGUUUGUGUUUAAUGUUGAUUUGAUGAUUCCUUAGAUAAUUAUUUCUGCUUUCUUGUGACAUCUCAUCUGCCAGCAGCCAAUGUGAUCAAAGUAAAAGCUCUUUCAACAUUCUACAACUCGAGUGACUUUUGCAAAACACACAAUAAUCUAAUUAGUCGCAACGUAUGGACCCUUUAGAGUUUAUAAACAAUGUGGCGGCAUUUUGGGGAUGUGGCUUAGCUGGAGGCACAAAGAUCCAGCACACUCGCUUGAAAACAUAGGUGAGCAUUUUUCAACGUCGUUUAUGUAGAAAUGGACACAAAAAAUUGUCAUUUGAAUGAAUAUGUGAGUAAAUUAACUCUACGACCAUAAAUGUUAAUCAGGUCGUUGGCCGUAAAGGGGUCCAUAGACUUUUCAAUAAUCAGUCGCGUAUUUGAGCCUAAUGUUUUGCCCCCCCUCUCUCCCCAAAUCAAAACAUCCAGUACAUCAAAUUACAAAUGAUUAGAUGAGAUAUAAAUUGUCUCAAGCAGAUUAUUUUGCAAUACGGAACAGCAGUUUCGAGGGGUAAAUUAAUAUCCUGACGUGAAACAAUUAUUACCCAAGCGAUUAAUAGUAGGUUUCACUGCGCUUUGUUGACUGUGUUGUAUGUGUUGUGUAUAUAUCUUUUACAAAAUAUUACUGCUGUUGUGUGAGUGCCGUGCGGACUGGAAAUUCCGUGGAAUAAUUUAAAUCCAGGAGCAUACUGUACAAAUGCCUUUGUAUUGCAUUUGCCCAUAAUGUGAGCGUUUCAUUCAUUUAUGGUACUAAUAAUCAAGUGUUCCACAAAGUACAUAGAAUAACAAUUCUGAACUGUAACAUGAAAACCUGGAACAACUUGAUAAAAGAAGAAUGUGUAUUAGGCAGCAAUGAAGGCAUACAGCGACAUCACUGACAACCAUAAACAGUGCAUAAACAUAUCUAUUUUACCAUUAACAUUACUUGCCUCAAAGUGCUUUAAGCAGACUGUUUAAUUUUCAGUAAGCUCUUGACAUUUUAGCAGUUUGAACAUAUGGAAUGUCAAACUGAAUUCAUCAUUUUCAAAUUUGACCUUGAAAUUUGGCUUCUCUGAAAAUAAAAAAGUGUUUUGUUGUAAUGUAAUCAAUAACUAUAAUUUCAUGUCUUAAUCAAGAAACCAUCAUUUGUUUUAUUGUUUGUAUUUGGAAAAAUAAUCAAGAAACCAUCAUUUGUUUUAUUGUUUGUAUUUGGAAAAAUAACCCAACAAUGAGCCUUUAGCAUUAAGAUAUACUUUUGAUUAAAGGCCACCUACAUACUCAUGUAUUAUUAGCUAUUACAGAAACAAUACUGUACCAAUUCUUAAUUUGGAGCAACUGGGCCAAGUGUCGAAUAUCACAACAUAUUGGUUGAGCACUGUAGAUAAAUCUUAGCAUGGUAAAAUAUUUUUUUUAAAUAAAAACUAAACAAAAACAGGAAAUAAGGUUUUCAUACUUUAGAUUUAAGAGUUUUUACAGCCCAAAUGGCCGAUGUUCAAGACUGCUGAAAUACAUUUUCUAAUGAACAGUGCUAACUUUAUUUGUUUUCUGCUGGACAGUAUUAUUAAAAUGAAUAAAAAGUACCUUAUCUGCUAGAAUGCAGUUAUCUAUUUUGGCAAAACUGUUUUAAUUUAAAUGUGAAUGCACAAUUACAGUAUUGAGGAAUGAAGUGGUUCUGUUUUGUUGAUUGAUGCACUAUGAAAACAUGUUUUUACUGGGCAUUAAUUUUAAGACGCAGUCAACACUCAGCAUAGUAGUUAGGAUUUUUUUUGUUUAAUUUUGCUCACUUCUAAAUUAUUUUAUUUCCUUUGUGACCAAUGUACUGAACAGAUGCAGUAAAAUUGUGAAAUAGAGACAUCAUGUGGCGAUGAAAAGGCACUACAAAAGGAUUUUAUUAUUUAUCUUGUCUACCUCAGUGCAAUGAGAAAUGCACUGCUGGUCAGUGAGCCUUAAAAAAAAGUACACAAUUUGAUAUUUGAUUGUCUAUUUUUCACAGCUAAAAUAUUACAGGCCUUUUUUUUUUACUCUUAAAAGUAGUUUUUUUUUAAUGCUGUGCGCUGCAACUUCAACAAACCAUGGGCACUUCCUUCAUCUUUGUUGUAUUUUACAUAAUGCCUGAUUGAGGUACAUAUUUAUUGAAAACUGUCAUAUGUUAUUGUUUUGACAAUCAGUUUGAUUAUCCACAUUAAAAUAAGGAAUCAUGCAUAUGAAUUGAAAAAAGAAAAAAAAACGUUCGUGUUUGGACAGCAACUAAAGUGAUUUUAUUGUCGAACGGAGGCAUUGCUAUGAAUUGAUUCAUGGACCAACGAUUUGAAACAGAUCCUCUCUUGCCAUAAGGCAGCAUAACUAGACGAAGGCAUUAUGUAAAUGUGCGUCUCGCUUUAACAUUUUUGCCCAAGCUAUCACACAGUUUAUCGUGUUUUUGUCUUUUUUAUAAAGCUGAAUUUACUUGGCUGAUUGCAAGGGAAUUAUUUUAUGUCGUUUGUAUUUUUACCCCCAUCAGCCCUGGAGAAAAUGUGCAAUAGUAAUAUGUGGAGGAUAAUGAUUGCAGGUCUAAAAAAAAAUAAUAAUAAAUAAAUUAAAAAAAAGAACAAUAUGAAGGAUUGCAUGUUGGGUGGAGGUAUUCCCUGCCAAAUAACCAUUUCUUGUUCUUGGCUUUUCCAAUGAUUUCAAGAAUGCCAUAUGUGUAUUUGUCAAAAAGAGUAAACAUGACAAACCAUUUUCUCAUUAAACUAAAAUCCAUGCUCAUUGGACCAAAGCAA